AUGUCUGUGGAAAUUCAAACUCAUUAUUUCAGGUACGGUGAUGAUACCUACACGAAGGGUGCUCUAGCGGCCGAUCACUUCGCGCUUGCGUCGAACCUGGGUGGCGGCUCGGAGACUGUGAACGGUGUGGUGUUCGGCUGCUCGUACUCGAGCAGCCCUGACAUGUACCCAGGAAGCCGGGCCGUCGGCGGGAUAAUUGGCAUGGGAACUGGCCCAAGGUCUUUCAUAAGGCAGCUGGGAACCCGGGCGAAGGGCCGCUUCUCGUACUGCCUGGUCUCGCCGCAUCACAACGGGACAAGCCAUCUUCGGUUCGGCAGCGACAUCGAGCGAAUCAAGAACGCGCAAACUACGCGGCUCCUGUCGGACCCGGCGACCUUGCAUUACCCUCUCGACCUAAAGGAUCUUAGCAUUGACGGCCGGCUGCUUCAUCUGCCGCCGAAUACUUUCGCACCGGGGCCAGACUGGUCCCGCGGCUGCGUUGUAGAUUCGGGCUCAUGGCUCACCUACCUGACCGGCACGGCCUUCGAUACUCUGGUCGAGUCUUUAGAGGAACACUUCAGAAAGUAUCAGAGUCUUGUGAGGGUUGAGGGUUCGGAACCGCUGAGGCUGCAGUUGUGUUACAAGAAGCCGAGGGGGUUCGCAGCCUACCCGACCAUAGGGUUUCAUUUUAGAGGUGCUGUUUUCCGCCCAAAGGCGGCAAACAUGUUCUACAUCGAUGAGGGGUCGAGCAAGUUUUGUCUCUUCAUCAAGAAGCGCUCGCAAACAUUGCUCGGAGCCGUGUUGCAGCAGAACUAUCGGAUGGUGUUCGACAUCAACAAGCACAAACUAACGUUUGCUGAAGAGGAUUGCGCUCGAGAUUGA